GUGAUCCGGACAGCUCGGUGGUGAAGCCCCCCCUCCGGACAAACAAACUUGUGUUUAACUUUCGCAGCCAUGUCAGUCAGACACGGAGGGUUAACACGAGGACCCGUGAGGCCCUGACCAGCCGCGGUGCUCCCGUGAAUCUGACGGAGAGCGGAGUUUUCAGGCCGAUGACUUAAACGCGUGCUGGAGAGAAGCUCGGUGAAAAAGGAGGAUGGAUGGAGUCAGCUGGAGCACAGCUCGGACCCCGGAGUCGUUCAGUCGCUCCAGGACAUCAACAGACACUCUGUCCCGGCUCGCCAGCUUCAUCGCUCGGGCAGACACCAAACAGCACACACACGCCCAGAGGCAGCGACCGUCCCACCUGCCGGUGUAUGUUUGUUCAGAGUGUGGCAAGAACUUCCCUUAUGCAGAAGAUCUGUUGCAGCACCAAGAACUAAAACACUCAUUACCCAAACCUCACCGGUGUCCCUCCUGUGGGCAGGAGUUCUCCCUGCGGUCGUCCUUGCAGCUACACAAGUGUGAUGGUGACUCCUCUCCGUGUGAACUUUGUUGUGGAGAGUCACGGCACGGCUCUCCGUGCACGCAUCACACCAUAGAUCCCGGCAGGCCCCAGGAAAAGUCACUCCACCUCCAGCCUCACGUCCUGGACAGCAGCCCUUACGCGUGUGCUCCCUGUGGGAGAGGAUUCAGCCAGAAGCAGGCCCUGCUGCAGCAUCAGCAGGCUGGCUGCAGUGAACCGCCAUCCCCGUCAGAUGUAGUUGAUGCGAGCAGCCUUCCAGAUGAUUCUCCUCCAGUUUCUGAGGGAGACACAACCCGCUCUGAUUCCUCAGACACCCCAGGGCCCAGCAGCAGAGCUGUCCGUCUGUGCCAAUUCUGUUCAAGAAGCUUCCGUACAGAGGCCGGUCUGCAACGCCACAAGCAGUGUAGCCACCCCAAGGAGCAGUCGAGGGCCCCACAGCGACAAAAGACCAAAGGAGAAUGUACCAGUGGAGACACAAGGAAAGGGGGAGAUGCCAAUAAACAUCCAAAUAAAAAUUCCAAAUCCAAAAAGAAGCUUCUGAAAUGUCGCUCUUGUGACAUGGUUUUCAUGAGCACCUCCAAGCUCUACAUGCACAGGAAAGAGAAGCACAGCAGAGAGAAAAGUACCAGGAGAGAUCCGAAGCCAGUCGUCAAAAGGCGCUGGAGAGGAGAUGGGAAUCCGUGUCAGGUCUGCGGCAAAGUCUUCUUCCAUCAUUUGUCACUUAAGGCACAUUACAGAUGGCACACAGCCUCAAGCUUCUCUACAGUCAACGACAAAAGCCUGUCUGAGGGAAGCAGCGCCAAAGACUACAAGUCACCGGAAAAUAGACCAAAUAACGUAAAAGCCAACUUGAAAGAUAAGAAGGGAAGGCCUGGACCAGGGAGGCCCAGGAAAGUGCCCAUUUUAGAGAUUAAGGAGAGUGUGAGGAGAUGCAAGGAAGUGCCUGAAGAGAAGGAGGCAGAGGAGGAGGAAGAGAGAGAGUUCCCAUGCCCCUCCUGUGCAGAGGUUUUCUCUCUGCAUUCCGAGCUCAGGGAGCACAUGGAGCUCCACCAGUCGUCUGUGAAGAGGAGGCACUGCAGUGUGUGCACGAACGAGAUGGACACCUGUAAAUGGCCGGGCUCAAAGAGGCACAGGCUGUACCACUGUGUGCCCUGUCAGCAGGGGUUCUCAGCCAUGGACUCUUUCCUAGAACACUGUCAGGAGCACCUGCGAGUCAGGGUGGAGGAGGACGGCCUCACAGAGGGCUCCGUGCAGCAGGCCACUAAAGUCUGACAUCCACUUUAAAUGUCAUCAGCGAUUUACCUUUUUUGCCUUGAAUGGCCAGAGAGCUGAGAGGGAUGAGGGGGGAAUUCAUGUUGAUUAACCAGUUCAUUCACUGAGCGCUCAGAGUAUCCUGCUUUAAUUAGUCCAAGGGUUUAAUUCAUUCACACCAACACAGCAAAAGUUGAAGAAAUUGGUUGAUAAAGGCUCAUUGCAGAGUAUUAGUGUAUUAGUAUCAAUCAGAUAUACUUAACUGCCAACCAUUCUAGUGUUUUUUCUAUAGUGGCCAUUUAGUUACUGUUUGAUGCUAUCACUGCAUGUUUUUUAUUUGCAAAGUGAAUGUUGAUGUGGUGUCUAUGGGACAGAUCUCCAACAAUCUCUGAUAGGACCAGUUGUUCUGUUGCGAAAUUGAACGACCCAAAAAAUUACAAAAGGGAUAAAGUGUAUGUUGUUAACCAGCCAUCUCCUAAGCUGUCUUCAGACAUGAACUCCGGAGGAUGUCCGCAUAAUUGGGUCCGAACUUUCACGAGAGAUUGUCCUUCACGUAUGAAGAACGCAGCAAAAGAUUCUCCGUCCAGACGCGUUCACAACAACAUAGAAAUCUCCAGAGUGUUGAGGUGAGGGGCGGUGCAGAGGCAGGAGGUAACUCCCGCUGCAGAAAUCAUGCAUUAUAUUUGACCACACAGUCACGUGCAGCGGCUCAUCACCAUCCUGAAAUAUUUGCAGCCUUUUUGAUUGAUUUUUAUUUUUUUAAUUUUGCAUCUGUCGCAUGUAAGAAACGUCAUUAACAGACUCUACCCUUGAAUCAUGCGGAGGAUCCCCCUGAUCUUUUACUAAAGGACUGUUUUGACGAAACAUAAAGUCAACACGUUCACUGAGAUGGAUCACCUAUGUCUAAAGUUGUCCACACGUUUUUUGUUUUUUUUAAUCUAUUAUUAGUAGUAAAACACUGAAAGUUGUGGUAGUGUGAUAGGUUGUAAAACGUGCAAAAACAAGUGUGCUUCUUAAAUCGUCUGAAUCUGACAUGGGAAUUAUCCAAAUGACCAGUUUCCCUGUUUAAUUAAAUUUUGGCCUGUGGACUAAUCUGAAAGUAAUAGAAAUGAGGAAAGAAGUCAAUAUUUGCAAGUGCUUCACCAGGGGUAGAGCGAUACCUCACAAGGGGAAGUGAAAGUUGAGCCUUUUUACGCUCUGUUGCAACUCUUUGAAAUUCACAGAGGAUUUUACCCAGCCUGAUGCCUCUCAGUAUGUCUUCAGCUGGCUCGAACUCUAUUACCUCAAUGUGCUAAAUGAUAGACCCUUUAUGUCUGUGGGAUGAGUAAUGAGUGUGCUUGGUGAAUGAAAAGGAUUAACAUGACUUUCUCUGUAGUUUGUUAUAAAAGCUUUUAAGCUACUGUUUUCAAAGAGCUACUGUGAAAAUAUAGAAAAUCACUUAAUAGUUUUGGAAUCUUCCACUUUUUCAAGGUCUUUUGUAAAAUAGUUUAUGGCUCUUUGUAGAUAAAUAUUAUUAAAACAUUCCAAAAACUG